UUGCCGUACUUACUUUUUUUCUCAUCUGCUAUUGGAGAAGAUCUUUUCUCAGUCCACGCCACUCAAAGAUCUCCUGAAAGGUGGAAUGAAAAGAGGCACAAUGUUUACUUGCAGAGGACGCACAGAAAAGUUCAUUGUCAUCCAACCAAUUGAAUCCAGGCAGAGAUAAAAGGGCCUUUUUGUUGGAGGCAUGAGGCUGUGUAACCGGGGCGUAAUGAUGCUGAUGACCACGGCGGGGGCCUUCUGUGCCUUCAGCCUCAUGACCAUUGCCGUGGGAACCGACUACUGGCUGUACUCGCGCGGGAUGUGCCGCUCCAAGAACCUGGGCGACAACGAGACGAUCCGCAAGAACGAGGAGGUGCUCACCCACUCCGGCCUGUGGAGGACCUGCUGCACUGAAGGAACAUUCCGAGGCGUUUGCAAAGACAUCGACCACUUUGCAGAAGAUGCGGAUUACGAGCAGGACGCCGCAGAAUAUUUGCUACGGGCGGUGCGAGCAUCCAGCCUCUUCCCGAUCCUCAGCGUGGGCUUGCUGUUCCUCGGAGGCGUUUGCGUGGCGGCCAGCGAGUUCUACAAGUCGCGCCACAACGUCAUCCUGACGGCUGGGAUUCUCUUCGUCUCUGCAGGUCUGAGCAACAUCAUCGGAAUCAUCGUGUACAUAUCGGCCAACUCAGGAGACCCCAGCCAGAGCGACAACAAAAAGAGCUACUCGUACGGCUGGUCCUUCUACUUCGGGGCGCUAUCUUUCGUCCUGGCCGAGAUAGUGGGGGUGCUGGCGGUGCACGUGUUCAUCGAGAAGCACCGGCAGCUCCGUACCGACGGCCGGCCCUCGCUGGUCAAAGCGCCCGUCUCCCGCGGCUCAUCCAACUACCGCAACCGCUACUAUAACAACUGCCCCCGCAGGAACAGCAGCAGGAGCAACCACAGCGGCGGCCCCGACUCUGCCCCUGACUCCCUGCGAGCGUCCCUAGUGCGGGAGGCGUCGCUCUCGUCCGGGGCCAAGGUGGCUGCCCUGCCCGGGUUGCCCCUCCCGGUCGCCUCGGAGUUCAUGCUUUACGCGCUGAAGGACGCGGACGUGAUGUUGGACGGUCUGACGGGUGCGCUUGAAGACGACACUGACAUGUUGCCUGGAAACUGUGGGGCCAAUAGAAGAACCACUCCGGUCUGACAGGAGACAUGAUAGGAGUAUGUCCUCUUUAAAGGUCCCGUAUUUUGGCUAUUCAGACCUCCAUAGAGUGACUCUCUAACAUAGACUUAAAGUAUAAAAGUGUCAAUUGCAUAAAAUAAAAAAAAAACACCUUGGUUGGUCCAGAAAAGGCUCCUCUGACAGCUACUUCUGUUUGACCCAGUUUUGUAUCCACUUUGCCUAUCCUGUAUUUGGCUAAGACCUUCCCCUUCCCUCUGAUUGGUUGCCUCUGUGUAGAAGACCCACUUGUAAAAGCGCAAGUACGUUAUGUUGACACCGCUGGCUCAGGAGCGGAGAGGUAGGCGGAGAUCUUCGCUAGUGAUGUAGGUAAAUGUUAUAAAUUAAAAUGACCUGAUUUCAGGCCUCUCGGCAGAAAAACGUCUGGAACUCAGGAAUGCAUGGACGGUUGUAAUUCAUAUUUCACGUUUACUGAGGCACCAUAAACCCAAUGUUACAUCCCAAAAACUAGAAAAAGUCGGUCUGGUAAAAUAUGGCAAACAUUCAGUAGCACAGUAGGUUGUAGCAAGUGUUCAUCAAAAACGAGACAGAGGUUUUAUGAAUAAAAAGUUUAUUUAAUAUCAUUGUUUAUGGAACAUUAACACAUAGGCAAAUGAAAAAUGUACUUCAGUUAAAAUUUACGGCAAAUAAAAGUGUACCGAUUAUUAUUUUUUUUAAAACAAACAGUUCUUUAAGAUUAAAUGCAAAUGUAUUGAGAUUAAAAGUUAAAUAUAAGUGAAAAUGAGGGUAUAGGUAACAAUAAGUGACAGAUUCUUUGAGUUUAAGGUAUGG